AUGGGCCACUGUUUCAGCAAGGGCUCCGAGCCAGCGGGUAAUGGAUACCAACCACCGCCACCGCAGCCCUACAAGCCCUCCCCGCCGCCCGCCGCCGCUCACCACCCCCAGCAGCCCGUCCAAAGCCACCCCCAGAGUGAUCAUCAGAAUCAUCACCAGGGUCAUCACCAGGGUCAUCACCAGGGUCAUCACCAGGGCCAAUACCAUGGCCAUCACCAGGGUCAUCAUCAGCAGAGUCACCAGCGCUCUGCCCCUCCUCCAGUUGCACCAGUCUACACUCCCCCUUCCCCCAAUAAGCACCUCCCUUCUCCACACUCUGAUCCCGCCGCCGCCGCCGAGACCAUCCUCGGCAAACCCUUCGAGGACGUGAAAGCUCGCUACACGAUGGGCAAGGAGCUGGGGAGGGGCCAGUUCGGCGUCACCUACCUCUGCACCUGCAAUACCACCCGGGACAAGUACGCCUGCAAGUCCAUCUCCAAGCGCAAGCUGGUGAACAAGAGCGACAGGGAGGACGUCAAGAGGGAGAUCCAGAUAAUGCAACACCUGAGCGGGCAGGACAAUAUCGUGGAGUUCAAAGGCGCGUACGAAGAUAAGCACUCGGUGCACGUCGUCAUGGAGCUCUGCGCCGGCGGGGAGCUCUUUGACCGUAUAAUCGCCAAGGGGCACUACUCAGAGAGGGCGGCGGCGGCUAUCUGCCGCUCCAUUGUCAACGUCGUGAACAUCUGCCAUUUCAUGGGGGUCAUGCACCGCGAUCUCAAGCCUGAGAACUUCUUGCUAGCCACCAAAGAAGAGGGGGCAACCCUCAAGGCGACCGAUUUCGGGCUAUCUGUCUUCAUCGAGGAAGGUAAAUGCCUCGCUCUGCACGCGAUCUGAUGUUUUUCUCGUGGCUUUUUCUCCAUAUUUCCAUGUUCGCUCAGCGUGGCCACCAGAAUUUCUGAGAGUUCUCUCUCUAAGCGUCCAUAGCCAUUGUUGUCUCUCUAGACUGUGGUUUCAAAUCCAUCGCUCAUCUUUGAGCCAGCUGAUCCCAGAUUCAUCGCUCUUCCCAUGAUCACCUAUCUGGGCACCUUUCCUGAUCUCUCAAGUCUGUUCAUCAGCUCUAGUGUCCGCUAACAUAUGCAUGUGCAUCCCCUCUUUGGGAACUUAAAAUCUUCGUUCAAAUAGAUUGGCGGCCUGAAUUUAGGUACUGAAAUUAUGGAAAAAAUGUGGGAAAUAAAAGAAACUCCUGUAUUGUAUGGAAUCAUUCCCUCUCUGAAAUCUCAUGUGGUAGGCGGAGUGAAUGGUCCCUCACAGACCCUUUCCCAUUAUCAGAUAGCCUUGUCCGGGCAUACACCCAAGUACCUCGAGAUAGAGAAAAUUGAUGGUAAGAAUGCUCCCCAGCUCCCAAAUCCCAUUGAUGGUAAGUAGGGUUCCUUGAUCUACCCUACUUGGUCUCAAGGUUAAGCUGGCCACAGCGUUUUUUGAAACCCUAAUUAUCUCUGCGACUGGCUGCGGAAUCCUCCCACGAGUUGAUCUGCCAGCCAUCUAUGGGUAGGGUUUAGUGAAUCUUCUUCCUCGUGACUUCUGCGUGCUCCCUUUUAUGAAUGCCACCCAGGGAGAACCCAUUUAUAGCAAUCUGUCUAUAGUCGCAUGUUUCUGAAAUAUCUAUUCAUCGACAAAUGGUCAACGGCGGACUGAGCUUCUCCCCUGGGAGAGUAUUCCUCUCACUAAGCCAGCUUCAAUCUCCUCCAUUCAGUAAGCAGUACUUCAGAAAAAGGAAACCCCCUUGCUGACCCUCUCUGAGGAAUCCAUUUCAGGGAAGAUGCACAGGGAGAUAGUGGGGAGCGCCUACUAUGUGGCUCCCGAGGUCCUGCAACGAUCAUAUGGGAAGGAAAUCGACGUCUGGAGUGCUGGCGUCAUCCUCUACAUACUCCUCAGUGGCGUGCCGCCCUUCUGGGCUGGUGAGAUCCCCAUCUGUGGCUUCACGUUCCCUCUGAGCGUUCCCCUUUCCUGAGAACCAUCAGCUGCCGGUACUCUGCAGAAACAGAGAAGAAGAUUUUCGACUGCAUUCUGAGGGGUGAGAUCGACUUCGACUCCGACCCCUGGCCGACCAUCUCGAGCAGCGCAAAGGAUCUGGUCAGAAAGAUGCUGACCAGAGAUCCAAAGAAGAGGAUCACCUCGGCCCAAGUUCUUGGUAGCGGAUUGUGAUUUUUCUCCCCCCCUCUUUUUUUUUAUGAUAUUUAUUUUUAGAAAUUCCUGCUCAGAGCAUCCGUGGAUCAGAGUGGACGGGGAGGCAUCAGACAAGCCAAUUGGCAGUGCUGUUCUCUCGAGGAUGAAACAGUUCAGGGCGAUGAACAAGCUCAAGAAGAUGGCACUCAAGGUGAGGGGGGGGGGGGGUGGUUCCUCCUACACGGGCGAUUUCUGCUUUGAGUUGACUUUAUUUUACUUUAUUUUGUUUACUGAUGAGGUUGGUUGACUUCGGAUUCUUCCAGGUCAUCGCCGAAAGCCUCUCGGAAGAGGAGAUAAAGGGAUUGAAGCAAAUGUUUCAGAAUAUGGACACCGACAGGAGUGGGACCAUCACCUAUGAUGAACUGAAGACUGGGCUGGCCCGGCUCGGAUCGAGGCUCUCGGAGGCUGAAGUCAAGCAGCUCAUGGAUGCUGUAUGCACCUCACUCACUCCCUCCCGGUGGAAAGUCUCCUGAUUGAUUAGUCUCCACGUCCACACUUGGUCAACGCCCCCAUGUGGGCCCUCCCCAUUAUGUGUUUCAGGCUGACGUGGAUGGCAGUGGAGCGAUUGACUACUUCGAGUUCAUCACCGCCACGAUGCACAGACACAAGCUAGAGAGAGAGGAGCACCUCUACACGGCAUUCAGAUACUUUGACAAGGACAACAGCGGGUAAGUCGGCCUUUCGGUGGCCAAUUUCCGUCAAGUCAACUUCCUUCAAGCUAGCUGCUUCGAUGUCUGGGCACCGGGCCGGGCUUUUCGGGCCAACCAGUUAUUUGACGGUCUCUGUGAAUGGCCUUUCUCUCUCAUCAGGUACAUCACGAGGGAUGAGCUACAGCUGGCGAUGGAGGAGCACGGGAUUGGGGACGCCAACAGCAUCAAGGAAAUAAUAUCUGAGGUGGACACGGACAACGUAAGAUCGUAUUUCUUAGAGGAAAAAUAAUAAAAAUCUGUCAAGAUCAUCAUCUUCGUCUUGUUUUUAUUAGAAUAAUAAAAAUAAUGAUAAUAAUAAUAAUAAUUGAGAUGGAACUGUUUGUGGAUGAUUUCAGGACGGGAGGAUCAACUACGACGAGUUCUGCGCCAUGAUGAGGAGCGGGACGCAUCCACCUGCAGGGGGAUAA